CCAGGGAUAUGCCGCCAGCUAAGGAUGAGUCUAUAAGAGAAACUAACUGCAUAGAUAUACAUAUUGCUGAGAAAAGUCCGGCAAAGAACAGCACUCUUGUCGAUGUGAGAGCUUGUAAUAAACCAGCUACUAAGUGUUAAGUUCAGUGCGUCAUGUUGUGGGAGCUGUUGUGUUUUUUUUUACUUACUGUAAAUGACUGUAGUACAAUGCACUAAGUUAUAGUUUUGCUGCGUUGGUAGUGCAUGUUUUGAUGUCGCACUGGAUUAGUGGAAUCGAGACAAGAUGACAAACUCACAGGUCUGGUUCCGUGGAGUGAGGAGCUCAAAGUUCCGUCAUGUGUACGGCGUGCCGUUUAAAAGAGAGCGUUGUUACGACAACAUAAAGAUAACGCGGAACGCUCACGAUUCCAACUUCUGCGCUGUGAACCCCAAGUUCGUGGCGGUCGUCACCGAGGUCGCGGGGGGCGGUGCCUUCCUCGUCCUACCAUUGGACCAUACGGGCCGAUUGGACUUCAACGCGAGCCGCGUGACCGGGCACAAGGGGCCAGUUUUGGACAUCAAGUGGAACCCGUUCAAUGAUAACAUCAUCGCGUCAUGUUCUGAUGACUGCACGGUGAAGCUAUGGCACAUCCCGGACGGCGGGCUGUCCAUGCACCUGACGGAGUGGCUGGUGGAGCUUCACGGACACAAGCGCCGCGCGGCGCACGUGGAGUGGCACCCCACGGCCGAGAACGUGCUGUUCAGCGCCGGCUUCGACUAUCUGAUCUUCGUCUGGGACGUGGGCAAGGGCGAGGCGACGAAAGUGAUCGACUGCCACACCGACGUGAUCUACUGCAUGUCGUUCAACCGCGACGGCUCGCUGCUAGCCACCACCAGCAAGGACAAGAAGCUGCGCGUCAUCGAGCCGCGCUCCGGGAUCGUGGUUUCUGAAGGCACCUGCCACCAAGGCACCAAGGCGUCCAAGUGCACGUUCCUCGGCAACCAAGGCAAGGUCCUGACCACCGGGUUCUCCCGCUACAGCGACCGUCAGUACGCGGUGUGGGACCAACAUGAUCUGGGCGCGCCGCUGACCUGCGAAACUAUUGAUAGCUCGAGCGGAGUUGUGUUCCCGUACUAUGAUUGUGAUACUAAUAUGGUGUAUCUCGCCGGUAAAGGCGACGGGAACAUCCGCUACUACGAGGUGGUCGACGACGCGCCCUACGUGCACUUCCUCAACCAGUUCCUGUCCGGGAACCCUCAACGAGGACUAGGCUUCAUGCCGAAGCGCGGUCUCAACACCGCGGCGUGCGAGGUGUUCCGCUUCUACAAGCUGCACACAUCGCGAGGGCUGUGUGAGCCCAUCUCCAUGAUAGUGCCGCGCAAGUCUGACUGUUUCCAGGAGGACCUAUACCCGGACACGGCGGCGCCGCUGCCGUCGCUCUCGGCGCGCGACUGGCUCAGCGGCAUGAACGCGCCGCCCGUGCUCAUCAGCAUGAAGACAGGUGUAACAAUAACGACACACAAGCCGCGAACAGCUAGCAAGGACGCGCCGGCGAUGCAGCCGCAAGACGCCAACAACCGCAAGAAGUUCGCGUUCCUGUCGCGCGAGACCACGCCCGACUACCGGCCGCUCGUCACGUGGCACGAGGACAACUACGCCGACAACCACGUCGACAAUAAUAUCGCGCAAAUUAACGAGAAGAACCAGAAAACCAACCUCAACCAGACGACGAAGUUCCACCAGCUACAGAAGAUGUUCGGCAAGCAGGGCGGCGACGAGCAGCCCGUGCCGCUCUACAAGCAGAUCAACCAGGGCGACGUGUUCAGUACCGAGAACGAGUUGCGGCUAGCGUUCAACAGGCAAGGCGACGAGCUAAGAAUCGCCAAGAAGCAGCUCCAGAACAGCCAACAAAGGGUGAGGGAGCUCGAGCAGCAGGUUGCAGCCCUACAAUCCCGUCUGCAGCGGGAAAACUCUUAAACUAUCCUCUUUCAACAUUUAGGCCAUGUUCCAUUGAGUUAGCUAGCUGGUGCUUUCAUAAUAAAAACAUAUUUUUACUAUGUCACAAAGAUAGUAGUGAAUAAGUGCUCAAUCUAGCAUUUUAGCGUUGUUAGCUAUGCUCGAGUGAAUGAGUUGUGAAGUCGCGGCUGGAAAGACGCGUAUUCGCUCGUGUCAUUUCAUAUGAGGCUAUGUUGCAAUUGAUAGAUUAAAACUAACAGUUUUUGGUAGAACCAGAAUGAGUCAGUAUUAUAAGUCUUUAAAUACUAUGGGAGCAACGUUUAUCAUUCCAAAAUUUUGCUGUAUGUAUUGGUAUUUUUUGCCUGUAAUAUUAAGUUGCCCAACGAAAGUUGUGUGCGUUAAUUUUAUGGCAUACUUUUUUAGCCCUGCAUUACGGCAUAUUGAAUAUUUUUAUAAAAUAAGUAGGCCUAUAAAGUGCUUUAGUUGUAAAUAUAUAUUAUCAUUUUAAGAGUAAGUAUAUGCAGAGACGCAGGUCAAGCUAACCUUCACUGAUCGCUAUGCCGCGCAGGUGUGUAUUUCCGUCAGACUAAAGCAUCCAAGUACUUUGGAGACUUGAUGUUAUGUUUUUGUGACCAUUACUCUAAUUAAGCACUCAGAAAAGAGAAUGAUCAUUACUCUAAGCACUCAGUAAAGCAAGAAUUACAUUUAAAAAAUCUGUGCGUCAUGGUAUUAUAACAGAUUACAUAUCGGCUUUACGACGAGGGUUGCUUUGCUAGCGUCACUGCAUGCGCUUCGCCUAAUGCUGGACUUUUGUAGUGUUUUGUGAUAGUAGCAUUGUAUAGUGAUAAGUACAUGACAUGAUGAAUAUUAUGAUUUGAUUACAGACGACAUUGCUGUAUUUUAUAAUUUUAAGUGACAACUUUUAUAACAUUUUGUUAGAUCAUAUUUUUGUUAGUUACGAUUUUAAAUGGUGUUUUGUGCAAUGAGAAUCAGGGUUAUUCAAUCUUUUUUUACAAUUUUGGACAUUUUUAUUGUUUGCUGUGAAGCACAAUUUUUAUUGCACAUUAUGUUAUUCUCAACUUGUUCGUGAUCUUUAUUUUAUAGUCUGAUUUAUAAGUGUUACCUGUUAUUUGUAAUAACAUGUUUGUUUAUGAUUUUUUUGUGAUGUGCCCAACAUACUAGAAUGUAUUUUAAGUACUCAUGAACUCUCUGUUGUCAACAAGCAUUUAUAAUAAUAUGAUAUUCUAUUUUACUAUAAUUAUAGGUAGCUGGAUGGAUAAAGGAGACACAAGCAAUAAGCUCUACUUUUGGCUAAAUGUACAAAAAAGUUACCUGAACUUUUUAUCAACAUAAGUAUUUGCGUCAUUCGUUUUAGAUAUUAGAAUCGCCUGUAAAGCCUUAUUAUAUUAAAUAAAUGUAAUAAAACGCGUGUGUGCAUUAUUCGUAAUUUCUUGCCUAGUAACUAGACAGUGCCACAUUUCUCAGACUAAUGAAACUUUUGAAAUUACAUUCCACAUCCAGUCUAAAAGGCGAUGAUUUGAUUGUAUUUCGUGUAUCUAAGUUUAAAUCAAAGUAUUAAUCUGUAUGUUAGCUAUAUUUUUACUUUGGCUAAGUCGAUGUUUAAUAUUUAUUACCUAUGUAUUUUUAUAUAAUAGCUUGUGUAGCACAAAUUUUCAAUAAAUGUUUGAAUGGCA